UCCUCCGUAGCCGGAAGUGACGAUACUGUCACCGGCUGCCCCGGCUCUGUGGAAGCUUGGACUUUCCGCAGCACCCAGAGGCCGCUGCUGGGCAGGAUUCAGGGAGGAUACAGCAGGAUACCAUUUCUCCUGUUGCUACCUACAGAUAUGCAACCAGAGCCCUGAAUCUCCAUUGCCCACAGAAAAAGUGAUGCUGCUUCUGCUUCGGCACAAGAUGAGCCUGAUGUGGCCAACUUGCCUGGGAGUGCAGCCCCACAAGGAGACCAGCCUGCCGCUCUGAUGCCGAAGGGGAGGCAGAAAGUGCAACCAUGGAGUGCUGCCCUGGAGCCCUCCCUGAGCCUGCCUGCCUGCCUCUGGCUGGCAGUAACUGGCUUCUUCUUGUUGGUUCCCUUGGUCAUGGCCCUAGAACUAACAGAGACAGUUGGGCCUGAGGCCCAGGGUCCUAGGGGGCUGAGCUGGGCUGUACUCCUGGACAGGAUGGAGGGUGAGGGCAAGGAAGAGAGUGAGGAGCAACAGGCAAAUGCCCUGGCCCAGGCUGCAGGGCUGCUGAAUGCCGGACGCAUUGGGGAACUUCAGGGGCACUAUCUCUUCAUCCAGCCCCCUGGCCACAUUGGGGUCCAGCAGGAGGAAGCUGCCCGACAGCAGGCCGAGGCAGUGUUGUCUGGGCAUGAAGCUGUGCGUUGGCAUUCAGAGCAGCGGUUAUUGAAGCGUGCCAAACGCAGCGUGCUCUUCAAUGACCCCAAGUAUCCACUGCAAUGGCAUCUGAAUAACCGGCGAAUCCGAGGCAGAGACAUCAAUGUGACAGGUGUUUGGGAACGUAAUGUGACAGGACGAGGGGUAACUGUGGUGGUGGUGGACGAUGGGGUGGAGCACACCAUCCAGGACAUUGAACCUAACUAUAGCCCCGAAGGCAGCUAUGACCUCAAUUCUAAUGACCCUGACCCCAUGCCACACCCAGACGUGGAGAACGGAAAUCAUCACGGCACUCGUUGUGCCGGUGAGAUCGCCGCUGUGCCCAACAACAGCUUCUGUGCCGUGGGGGUAGCGUACGGGAGCAGGAUCGCAGGUAUCCGGGUGCUGGAUGGGCCCUUGACCGACAGUCUGGAGGCUGUGGCGUUCAAUAAGCACUAUCAGAUCAAUGACAUCUACAGCUGCAGCUGGGGACCAGAUGAUGACGGGAAGACAGUAGACGGACCCCAUCAACUUGGACAGGCUGCCUUACAACAUGGAGUGAUUGCUGGUCGCCGAGGAUUUGGGAGUAUCUUCGUGGUGGCCAGUGGCAAUGGGGGACAACACAAUGACAACUGCAACUAUGAUGGAUAUGCCAACUCCAUCUACACAGUCACCAUAGGUGCUGUAGAUGAGGAGGGACGUAUGCCAUUCUAUGCAGAGGAAUGUGCCUCCAUGCUGGCUGUCACCUUCAGUGGUGGGGACAAGUUGCUGCGAAGUAUUGUGACCACUGACUGGGACCUGCAAAAGGGCACAGGCUGCACUGAGGGUCACACAGGGACCUCAGCAGCAGCCCCCCUGGCAGCCGGUAUGAUAGCCUUGAUGCUGCAGGUGAGGCCAUGCCUCACUUGGCGUGAUGUCCAGCACAUCAUUGUCUUCACAGCUACCCAGUAUGAAGAUCGCCGUGCAGACUGGGACACCAAUGAGGCCGGCUUCAGCCACAGUCACCAGCAUGGCUUCGGUUUGCUCAAUGCUUGGAGGCUUGUCAAUGCUGCCAAGAUCUGGACAUCUGUCCCUUACUUAGCUUCAUACAUAAGUCCCAUGUUAAAAGAGAACAAGAGAAUCCCAUUGUCCCCCCACUCCCUGGAAGUCCUGUGGAAUGUCAGCAAGAGUGAUCUGGAGAUGUCAGGACUGAUGACCCUGGAGCAUGUGGCAGUGACUGUCUCCAUCACCCACCCCCGUCGAGGCAGCUUAGAGCUGAAGCUCUUUUGUCCCAGUGGCAUGAUGUCCCUCAUCGGUGCCCCGCGAACCAUGGACAAAGACCCCAAUGGCUUCAACGAUUGGACCUUCUCUACGGUUCGGUGCUGGGGAGAACGUGCUCAGGGCACGUAUAAACUUGUCAUCAGGGAUGUGGGAGAUGAGCUACUCCAGGCUGGGGUCCUUCAGCAGUGGCAGCUGACACUGUACGGCUCCGUGUGGAGUCUGGCUGACAUCAGAGAGAGGCAAAGGCAACUAGAGGAUGCCAUGAGUGGGAAGUAUCUACAUGAUGGUUUCUCUCUGCCCUGCCCCCCUGGGCUAGAAAUCCCUGAGGAAGAAGGCUAUACCAUGACUCCCAACACCCUGAAGACUCUGAUGCUGCUGGGUUGCUUUGCUGUCUUCUGGACUAUCUACUACCUGCUAGAAGUGUAUUUGAGCCAGAGAGAUGUAACCUUUGACCUAGCCUGUGGAAGAGGCCGCUGCUGGUGGCUCCAAAGGAGCCGAAAGGCCAUGGAGGAGGGGACAGAACUGGAAUCAGUGCCUCUGUACAACAGCAAGGACACAGGCGAGGCCGAUACAGAGACUGAGGAUCACCCUCCCACUUCGGGCAUCCAAGCUCCUGAUCUGUUGGAUCAGAGCAACUGGGGCCUGACCCAGGACAGUGAGAGACCCCCGGAAUUCCCCCAUCAGAACCUCCAACCUGACCUGCUUCAGAGGGAGCAGGAACAACAGGCAUGCUGACCCGAUGGCACAGCAGACUCAGGACAGAAUUUGCACAGUCCGAGAGCCCUAUUUUCUGCUGAGGAGGGGUGGGAAAGAGAAGCACAGAGGAGCCACCUUCACCUUCUUUAGAGGUUCCCAGGCUGAGCUAGGAGACCUAGAGCCAAGUCAUACCUACUCUUUGCUUCUAGGGUCCUGGGUGAGCCAAGAGAUGCUGUCUGUCCUCCUCCCCUACUCCACCCAGCUCAGGUACUUUGAGACUGAGGGCCUCUCCUCCAUAAGCAGCAGAGCCCCUCCAAGGUACAUAACCCAGAAGAGUCGUGCCACAAGCCCAGGUGGGAAUACAGGACACAGGACACCCAAAGCACCACUCCCACCUUGGAAUCUCCGUCUUGGCAGAAUGAAGUCUUUGGAAGAUCAGUUUGUGGCCAAAAAAUACGGGGGAGUGGCCACAGGCCAGACAGGCCCUCUGCCUUUGUCUUUUAAAUAGGCUAGGGAUAUGGAAAGUGAGAGUCCUUACUGUGCCUAGGUGGGUACAAAAGGUACCUGCCACCACCAAAGGAGAAUUUCAAAAGAAACAAGGGCACCUGAGAAACUGUUUUGGGGGAGAUGGGGGGAGGGGGGUGGAGAAGGUGCAGAAAUGCAUGCUGGGAAUGGCUAGGCCCUUCCCUUAGGUGAUGUCCCUCCCGUACACAUUUUUUUAAAAAAAGAGCCAGAAGCAGGGGAAGACUCAUACCCUGAAAUUGCUAUUCAAACUGCCACUCCUCCCUCUUUCUUCUUGAAAUUUGUACUUUAAGGCAUCAACAGGGGUGGCUUAACCUGGACCCAGGUCAUUGGAACCUAGGGAACUAGCUUCUACCUUGAGUAAGUUGCCUUCAUUACCCUCCCCUAGGAUCCCAAAGAGAAGCCACUUGCCACUUGGUCUACCCAACCCUCCCAGAGAAAUAGUACUGAGCUCUAGGCAGAGAUGGGGAUGAGCCAGGGAAGCAGUGGGUAAGGGAGACAAGUAGGCAUUAGUGGAGUGUGUGUUGUGGGAGAACAGCUGAGGGUGUGAAUAGAGGGUGUUUCUCUCCAGCCCUGCAGUCCACUGUAGUCCUCUGUGAAGUGCCCGGGGAAGCAGGGGCUGGGUACCUAGGGGAUAAUGGUAUACCUCUCAGGUUUUCUGUCCCUCCCCAGCCUUGGCUGCCUCCCCAUUCAGAGCUGGUUUGUUGGUUUGAAGUAUUUUUUUUAAGGGUUUAAAUUUAUUUUUCUCUUCUCACAGCAACAUUUUGUUGGGUUUUUUUUUUUUCUGCACAGCUUUUCCAAAAUAAAAACCUACCUAGCCAACCU